CCCAUGAGCGCCGGCCACAGCCUCGGCCGCCGCCAUGGACUGUCUGUGCAUCGUCACCACCAAGAAAUACCGGUACCAGGAUGAGGACAGCCCCCCCCUGGAGCAGAGCCCCGCCCACCUGCCCAGCCAGGCUAAUUCGCCCCCGGUCAUCGUUAACACCGACACGCUGGAGGCACCGGCCUACGUGAACGGCACUGAGGGCGAAAUGGAGUACGAGGAGAUCACGCUCGAAAGGGGUAACUCGGGGUUGGGGUUCAGCAUCGCGGGGGGCACCGACAACCCUCACGUCGGGGACGACCCCAGUAUCUUCAUCACCAAGAUCAUCCCCGGCGGCGCCGCCGCGCAGGAUGGGCGCCUCAGGGUGAACGACAGCAUUCUGUUCGUGAACGAAGCGGACGUGCGGGAGGUGACGCACAGCGCGGCCGUGGAGGCGCUGAAGGAAGCCGGCGCCGUCGUCCGCCUCUACGUUAUGCGGCGCAAAGCCGUGGCCGAGAAGGUGGUGGAGGUUAAACUCAUCAAAGGGCCUAAAGGCCUGGGGUUCAGCAUCGCGGGGGGUGUGGGGAACCAACACAUCCCGGGGGACAACAGCAUCUACGUCACCAAAGUGAUCGAGGGCGGCGCCGCGCACAAGGACGGGCGGCUGCAGAUCGGGGACAAGAUCCUGGCCGUGAACAACGUCAGCCUGGAGGAUGUGAUGCACGAGGACGCGGUGGCGGCGCUGAAGAACACCUACGACGUCGUCUACCUGCGCGUGGCCAAACCCGCUGCCACCUUCCUCGGGGACACCUACGCCCCCCCCGACGUCACCAGCUCCUACUCGGCCCACCUGGACGCCGAUUUGGGGCCUCAGAGCUUUUUGGGCCCCGAGUUCCCUCCGGCCAUGACACCCACCUCGCCGCGGCGCUUCUCCCCCGGCCCCAAAGACCUCCUGCCCGACGACGACGUCCCCAGGGAGCCGCGGCGCAUCGUCAUCCACAGAGGCUCCACGGGAUUGGGUUUCAACAUCGUUGGCGGUGAAGACGGCGAAGGGAUCUUCAUCUCCUUCAUCCUGGCCGGUGGCCCGGCCGACCUCAGCGGCGAGCUGCGCAAGGGCGACCAGAUCCUCUCCGUGAACGGGGUGGACCUGCGCGGUGCCACCCACGAGCAGGCGGCGCUGGCGCUGAAGAACGCGGGACAGAGCGUCACCAUCGUCGCCCAAUACCGGCCCGAGGAGUACAGUCGCUUCGAGGCAAAAAUCCACGACCUUCGGGAGCAGCUCCUGAGCAGCAGUUUGGGCUCCGGGAGCGCCUCCCUGCGCGGGGACCCCAAACGCGGCUUCUACGUCCGGGCGCUGUUCGACUCGGAGAAGGCGAAGGACUGUGGGUUCCUGAGUCAGGCCCUGAGCUUCCGCUUCGGCGCAGUCCUUCACGUCCUGGACGCCUCCGACGAGGAAUGGUGGCAGGCGCGGGUCGUCCUGCCCGCCGGGCAGCCCCCCGACAUCGGCUUCGUGCCCAGCAAGCGCCGGGUCGAGCGCCGGGAGUGGACGCGGCUCAAGGCCAAAGACCGGGGGCCGGGAUCAGGAGCACCAGGACGCGAGGACGCGGUGCUGAGCUACGAGACAGUGACGCAGAUGGAAGUGCACUACGCGCGUCCCAUCAUCAUUCUCGGCCCCACGAAGGACCGCGUCAACGACGACCUUCUCUCCGAGUUCCCCGAGAAGUUCGGCUCCUGCGUCCCCCACACGACGCGGCCCAAACGGGACUAUGAGGUGGACGGACGGGAUUAUCACUUUGUGUCGUCGCGGGAGCGUAUGGAGAAGGACAUCCAGGGCCACAAAUUCAUCGAGGCCGGGCAGUACAACAGCCACCUGUACGGCACCAGCGUCCAGUCCGUGCGCGAGGUGGCCGAGCAGGGCAAGCACUGCAUCCUGGACGUGUCGGCCAACGCGGUGCGGCGGCUGCAGGCGGCUCAGCUCCACCCCAUCGCCAUCUUCAUCCGCCCCAAAGGGCUGGAGAACGUCCUGGAGAUCAGCAAACGGGUGACGGAGGAACAGGCGCGUAAAGCGCUGGAGAGAGCGUCCAAACUGGAACAGGAGUUCACCGAGUGCUUCUCGGCCCCAUAG